AUGGCGUCCGUGAAAGAGGUAUCCAGCUUCACUGAGGACCUGCUGUGCCCCAUCUGCCUCUCCAUCUUCCGAGACCCACACAUGCUGGAGUGCGGCCACAGCUUCUGCGCCCCGUGCUUGGAGCCCUGCAUCCCCAAGGGCCAGAGGCGUGGGCUGUGCCCCGAGUGCCGGCGGCCAUUUGCUUUGCGCCGCAUGGCCAUCAACCGAGCCCUCUGCAGCCUGGCCGAGAAGGCCCGCCUUCUCAAGCUGGACGAAGGUCCCCAGGUCGGCGGGACCGGAGGCUGGUACUUCUGCGAGGAGCACGAGGAGCCGCUCAAACUCUUCUGCAGCCAGGACGAGGGGCCCGUCUGCGUGAUCUGCCGCGACUUGCCUCAGCAUCGUGGGCACGACUUCCUGCCCAUCAAAAAUGCGGUCCAGGCCUAUCAGGUGAGAGAGGCAGUUUGUUAUUCAGCAAUGGGCCGGAGGCUAAGUCACAACAACAGCCUCCAUGCACGUACAGUCAUACCUCGGGUUACAGACGCUUCAGGUUGCGUUUUUUUGGGUUGCGGACCGCCAAAACCUAGAAGUACCGGAACGGGUUACUUCCGGGUUUUGGCGGUCGCGCAUGUACAGAAGCGCUAAAUCAUGGAUUGCGCAUGCGCAGACAUGCCGAAUCGCAACCCGUGCGUGUGCAGAUGUGCCAUUGCGGAUUGCGGACGCUGCAGGUUGCGAACGUGCAUCCCUCACGGAUCAUGUUCGCAACCAGAGCGUCCACUGUAUUAGGAAUCUGUUUCCAGAGCUUCUAAGUCAGAGGGCUUUCAACGAGAGGACUUUUCCUGGAGGUGCCAUUUUAAAAAUUUAAUUGGCAUUUAGGGUGGACAUUCAGUCAGCGGUGGAGCAAGCCGAUUGGGUGCCUGGGGCAGCGCGUGUGCCCUGCACCGAGGGGUGGGGCCAGCCGCCCGUAGGGUGGGCAAGCCGGGGCAGGACGCUCUAUGGGGCCUCCGAGAAGUCUGCCUGCCUCCUCCCACUCAGCCGCCCUACAGCUGAGGGGGAGGCAGCAGGUGGACUGUUUGGGGCAGACGCGUGGCUCAGGAGCACUGCAGGCCCCACAGUGAGUGCCACCUGGCAUUUUGUCACCCCCCUCAGUAGUGACACCCGGGGCGACCUGCCCCCAACGCACCCCCCUUCCUUCGCCCCUGCAUUCAGUCACUCUGUGGAGCCUUAUUCUAUAGUAAGUCCUCCAGAUCACGGGUGGCACUGUGGGUUAAACCACAGAGCCUAGGACUUGCCCAUCAGAAGGCCGGCAGUUCGAAUCCCCACGAUGGGGUGAGCUCCCGUUGCUCGGUCCCUGCUCCUGCCAACCUAGCAGUUCGAAAGCACAAAGUGCAAGUACCGCUCCAGCGGGAAGAUAAACGGCGUUUCCGUGCACUGCUCUGGUUCGCCAGAAGCGGCUUAGUCAUGCUGGCCACAUGACCCGGAAGCUAUACGCCGGCUCCCUCGGCCAGUAAAGCAAGAUGAGCACCACAACGCCAGAGUCGGCCACGACUGGACCUAAUGGUCAGGGGUGCCUUCACCUUUACCUUUAAGUCCUCCAGAUAUUGCUGGACUCUAGUUCCCAUCACCCCCAGGCAGCCUGGCAAAUUCUAAGGGAUGAUGGGAGUAGGAGUUCCAGCAACAUCUGGAAGAUGACAUAUUAUUAGUCACCCUUGAACCAAAGUAGCUGAAUGUCCCCUCUCCCCUGAAUUAUAAUAGGCCUACAGUUGGUUUGUAGGGAGAUUAGAUGAUGUUGCUUCACAGCAAGUGUUACGCCACACUUUCCAGUGCAUUUCCCUGUCACUUUCCUUACCGCAAAAAGUCCAGUUUUGUGGGGAGGUGGGCUUGUUGUGCAAGACCUUCCAAGGUACUAUAAUUGUGCAAACCGAAUUUGCCGGUAUGUGAUUAAAUCCAACCCCAAGAUAGCAACAGUCCUGAAGUGCUUUAUAAGAAACAACUUGGACAGAACAAUUGUACCCAUCUAUCACGAUGCUCCUGUCAUUUUAGAAAUUUAGAAGAGGUCCUAGAUAAAUGGACUUAGGGUUGUCCAGCCUUCCUGAGCUGCUUUCCCAACAUGUUUUUCCUAAUGGUAUUGCACAUAGUGAAAGGUUUUGCAUAUUUAUUUCUAAAUGGUAGAUAUUUUUUGAAGCUCACUUUUAGGAAAAUCACAGCUGCUAACUGUGGUGUUCCUAAAUAUGUGAAUAUGCAUAAGGGUUCCAUUUCUUUAGUCCAUCUCUAAGCCUAAGCAUUCUUUUCCUAAAAAAAUCUUCAUAUGGGGAGACCUUCAGAAGGGUGAUCUGUCCAUAUGGCAUUUCCUCCACUCAGCCCUGUCCCCUUUGAAAGAAUGCUAUGCUAUCUGAAAUGGCAUUGGGGGUUUUCUCUUUUGCUCCAGGACCAGCUGAAGGCAUCUCUAGAGCCCCUGGAGGAAGGUCUCAGGCGGUUGAAGAUGAGCCAGUGUCGCCAACAGGAGAACAUUAUAGAACUGAAGGUGCAGGCAGCAUUGUUGGGUUUUAUGAUGGGGCAGUUGGGCUUUCCAGGCUACGCGAUGCCAAACUGAACCUAUCCAUUUCUUGGUCAUCUUCUGGUCUGCCUUUGUAGUUGCUAGUGAUGUUGUUGUUGUUUAGUCAUUUAGUCAUGUCUGACUCUUCGUGACCCCAUGGACCAGAGCACGCCAGGCACUCCUGUCUUCCACUGCCUCCUGCAGUUUGGUCAGACUCAUAUUAGUAGCUUUGAGAACACUGUCUAACCAUCUCCUCCUCUGCCGUCCCCUUCUCCUUGUGUCCUCAAUCUUUCCCAACAUCAGGGUCUUUUCCAGGGAGUCUUCUCUUCUCAUGAGGUGGCCAAAGUAUUGGAGCCUCAGCUUCAGGAUUUGUCCUUCCAGUGAGCACUCAGGGCUGAUUUCCUUCAGAAUGGAGAGGUUUGAUCUUCUUGCAGUCCAUGGGACUCUCAAGAGUCUCCUCCAACACCAGUUGCUAGUUGCUAGUGAUGACCGUCUGUUAACCGACACCGGAUAUUUAAACAUUCAGUAUUUGAUCAAUGACCUUCAGACUACUGAAUGCUCCACACCCAGAGAAUAGUAAGACUGCUCUGAAGAAGAUAACUGUCUGGUCACGUGUUCUUUGUGAAACACAACACAGGAGAGCCAGCUGAGUCUAUUCAGCUAAAUGAAGACUCUUUGCUUCUCUCUUUAUAGGUUAGAAUACGCACGAGUGAGGAUGAUCUCAGCUUGGCCUGCAAUGCUUAGAAACACUUUGGUGCUCUAGGGCGCCACCCAUCCUGCAGCUCACAGGAAUGUGGAGCAAGGGUUGUGGAUCGCUCGCAUUGUGAUGACCAACCACCACAUCCUAAGUGGUUCUAUGCAUUACAAGUCCAGUGGGAAUCCAUGUUGACUGACCACCAUCAUGGCCUCCAGCACUGACCAUCAAUAAGCUACCUUUGAAGGUGACUCGGAAACUACAACUAAUCCAGAAUGCGGCAGCUAGACUGGUGACUGGGAACAGCCACUGAGACCACAUAACACCAGUCCUGAAAGACCUACAUUGGCUCCCAGUACAUUUCCGAGCACAAUUCAAAGUGUUGGUGCUGACCUUUAAAGCCCCAAAUGGCCUCGGCCCAGUAUAAUUGAAGGAGGAUCUCCACACCCAUUGUUCUGCCCAGACUCUGAGGUUCAGUGCCAAGGGCCUUCUGGCAGUUCCCUCGCUGCGAGAAGUGAGGUUAUAGGGAACCAGGCAGAGGGCCUUCUCAGUAGUGGCGCCUGCCCUGCAGAACGCCCUCCCAUCCGAUAUCAAGGAAAUAAACAACUAUCUGACUUUUAGAAGACAUCUGAAGGUGGCCCUGUUUAGGGAAGUUUUUAAUGUUUGAUGUUUUGUCACAUUAUAUUAUUAUUAUUAUUAUUAUUAUUAUUAUUCUGUUGGGAGCUGCCCAGAGUGGCUGGGGAAGCCCUGCCAGAUGGGCAGGGUAUAAAUAAUAAAUUAUUAUUAUUAUUGGUUAUGCUUCCAGCAGGAAAAACGCUGCUUGUUUUCAUUUCCUUCUUGGGAAAAUGGGCCAGUAUUGGAAACCAGGAUGGACUCCUCCACCUUGACCUGGCGGGACAAUUAUUAUGGAUUUAUGAGGCUAACAAUUGAUUGCUGGGAUGAAUGAUUUAUCAGAGAGGGGUGCGCAGAUCUGAUUAAUAGGUUGAGGGUGUAAGGGAGAGGUGGAUUCUAGAGCAGGGCUAUGAGGAACCUCAGGCCUGGGGGGCCAUGUGUGACCUCACCCACACCCUCAGGACUCUUCCCCAGGCCACACUAGCCCUUCUUUGCCCCAUAGGUCUUUUUGCCUGGCUGGAAUAUGCUCUUGAACGCUGCUCCUGCUUCUUACUUCACCUGGCUGGAGGAGAAAGAGGGAUCUCUGUGAAGAAACUAUCCUACUAUAUUCUGGAAGUUUCCCAGAAGGGAGUGUGGCCUUUGGGUAGAGGCCUUGUUGUCCACCCCUGUUGUUCUAGAGCAGCCUUUCUCAACCUGUGGGUCCCCAGAUGUCGUUGAACUACAACUCCCAUCACCCCUAGCUAGCAAGGCCAGAGCUCAGGGAUGAUGGGAGUUGUAGUCCAACAACAUCUGGGGACCCACAGGUUGAGAACCGCUGUUCUAGAGGAUUGGUAGGUUCUGUUAUUGGGAGAGAGCAGAAUCCCAUUCACCAAUCCCAUUCGAGCAGAGCAGAAGCCUUUGGAUGCGAGUGACACACCUCUCCCCUUUCCAGACCUGCUCUGAGUCCUUGUCUGACCACGUCUCUGGGGAAUUUGUGAAGAUGCACCAGCUGCUGAGCGACAGAGAGCUGGGUUUAAAGGAGGCCCUGGAGAAUCAGCGAGAGAAGAACUUGGCCCAGAUGGAAACCAAGCUGAAGGAACUGAACUGGAAGGUGGCCUCUUGGUCAGAGACCCUCUGCCGGGUGCAGGCGGGACUGGAAUGCAAGGACCAAAUCAGUUUCCUCAAGGUGAGAGGGACCUUGAGUUGUGGUGUGCUUGGGGAUUGAGAAAGUCCAUAGAGGGUUCAGAUGACUCUCAUAUAAUAUGAGUGGCGAGGGGUUGCAGGGCUGUGUGUGUGUGUGUGUGUGUGUAAAGGAGAAUUCCUGGAUGUCAAGAUCCAGGUUUGGGGCAAGUACUCUUGGGUGAGAGAAUCCCAGCAGAGAUUUAAAAUCACAAAACAUGCAGCAAAGCAAAGGUUGUUAGACCUUUAAAAUAUGCCCAAAGUGAGUUCCAAAGUUUCCCUCUUCCCCUAUCAUAGAAAAAGACCACAUGUUUGGUAAGUUUAAAAUGGUUUACUUACAAACCCUCCAAAGCUCAGAUUCAUAGGCUUUUCUAUACAGCAUUCCAAAAAGUUGCACGGGCAGUAAAACUUGGUGUACUUACAGUGGUGAAAGUUCCUAGAUUAUUGGUAUAGAAAUUCAAUAACAGCUUGUAAGAGCCAUGUGGUCUGAGAUGCAGCAACCAACUCAGUACUCCUCACACGUUGAGCUCCUCUCUUAGACAGGAGGGGAACAAAGGCUUGAUUUCCUAGUCCCUCCUAAAGUAAGCUAAGCCUGGCAGGACAGCUUACUCUAUGAUCUUAACCCCUUCAUGCAUUAAUUAGAUGUAAGCAUGCUGGAUAUAUGAGGCUGGUUAUCCCACAGGGUGUGUGUACUGAGCUUUUCUAUUUAAAAAAACAUAGUUGAUGUAGCCCUUAAAACCACAGGGGUCACUGCCAGUAAAAAAAGGGACCACCUUAGGAAAGAGCCCUUUUCAGAUGUUUCUUUCACCUCACUCCUUUCUAAUUUUCUCCCCCACUUAGGAGGCAAAAGAGUUGCUGGAGAGGUGAGUCAUGCCAUGGCCUUUCUUGUUUAUAAUAAGCAAUUUCAGGGUUGGUGGGGGUAUUACUAGGGACUUAAACAGGGCUGGAUUUAGGUUUGAUGAGGCCCUAAGCUACUGAAGGUAAUGGGGCCCUUUAUAUGUCCAGUUGUCCUUUGUCAACAACAAAUUGUCGCUGUUUUUUGUGUUGAAUCUAUGCUAUAUGGUGAUUUAUGGACCUAAUAGGUAUCGAAAGCCAUUUGCACAUGCAGAAUGUAGGCACCCUAUAUAUAUAGAAAUGAGCAAACCAGUGAUAUUUUGGGGAGCAGGCUAGCAGGCGGGGCCCAUAAGUUACAUCAGAGGAGUCUACACAACACAAAACACUGUUGCUGUAUGUAGGUUUUUUUUUUAUCUUAUAUUUUGGAAAUGUACAUCCAGUUUUUUCCCCUUUAAAUUUUUUAGGGGCCCCCAGGAGAGGCGGGCCCUAAGAUAUAGCUUGUUUAGCUUAUACGUAAAUCCAGCACUGGACUUAAAAGAUAUGGGGCAUGGGUCCAGAGACAUAAAUCUCCAUAAAAUGUGCAUGUGUUGAUUUAUAGAGAAGCGACCACAAAAGCAGCAUCCUGGGCUGCUAGUGUACCUUCUUUAAACAACUUCCUCUGCAAAAAUCACACAAAGCUUUCGCCAGCAUAGAGAUCAAGGCUAGAGAACUGGUGGCCUUCAAAAUUUAUUGUUUAUUAUUAUUAUUAUUACCUCCCACAGGGUCCGCACAGAGCAAGGAGCCCAGGUUGAUGAGGAAGAAGAAAUCGAAGCUGAGGCGGCGGAAGACAUUUUGGGAGCCAGCAGUGAAGACACAGACGAGUGUGAGAAUGAGACUGAUGAGGGGCUGGCGAGAGAUGAGGGGGAUGUGGAUGAGGAAGAGGAGGAGGAAGAAGAAGAGGAGGAGGAGGAGGAAGAAGAGGAGGAGGAAGAAGAGGAGGAAGAAGAAGAGCGAGUGCGAGAGAUGGCCGCAGAGGAAGAAGACGAAGAUGGAGUGGUUCCUGUGGACUUGAACCUGGGCGAGUUCAAGGGCCCUCUGCAGUUCUACGCCUGGAAAGAGCUCUUGGGUGCCGUGCAUCCAGGUGAAGUUUUCCCUGCUGUAUUCUGGGAAAUGGGGCUUUCAGGUCAAGUCUAUUUGAAAAUCCCAAAGAGGCAGCUAUAUUAUACUCUGCCUUUCUGUUAUCUGGAAGUUCUGGCUCAUUAGUCAGGAUACAGUGAACAGGAAUAGGUUUUGGUAGGCCUCAUCCCUGUCCUCCUGGGGAUGCGGGUGGUGCUGUGGGUUAAACCACAGAGCCUAGGACUUGCCGAUCAGAACGUCGGCGGUUUGAAUCCCCGCGACAGGGUGAGCUCCCGUUGCUUGGUCCCUGCUCCUGCCAACCUAGCAGUUCGAAGCACGUCAAAGUGCAAGUAGAUAAAUAGGUACUGCUCUGGCGGGAAGGUAAAUGGCAUUUCCGUGCGCUGCUCUGGUUCGCCAGAAGCGGCUUAGUCAUGCUGGCCACAUGACCUGGAAGCUGUACGCCGGCUCCCUCGGCCAGUAAAGCGAGAUGAGCGCCACAACCCCAGAGUCGGCCAUGACUGGACCUAAUGGUCAGGGGUCCCUUUACCGUUAUCCCUGACCUCCACGUGUUCAGUUGCUUAUGUGAGCAACCCCCGAUGUGUGAUUCGGGGACCUGCAAACAACAACAACAACAACAACAACAACCACCAGGCUUCCUCAGCCAUGGUAUGUAUAUUUUGGCCUGUUUGUGUGACCAACCCAAUGCUCAUAGGACGUGAAGGAAGCCGCUCCUCUCAUUCCUGUCACAUGGAUUCACUAUACUCUGAUGGUGCAGGGCUUUCUACCCCUGAUCUUGGUCGAAAAUAAAGCCAGAUUCUGGUGCCUCUAUGUAAUGAUGGUCAAAAAGUUGAUGAGCCCAGGAAGCUGGAAUACAUGGACACACUUCAUAAUGCAGAGCAAAGGAGAGGGAAUGUUUAGGCGAAUCAUUGGUAGGGGAUCUGGGAAAAUCCCCAGUUCUAUCUCCCACCUCUCCUGGUAGGACUGAAAAUGCCCCUUGUCUGAAACCCUGAAGAGCUGCUACUAGUCCGUGUAGGCUAUAUUGAGUUAGAUGGACCCAGUGGUUUGACUCGGUAUAUAGUACAGCUUCCUGUGUGCCUAAUAAUGGUGGAGCUAACUCUGCAGGUAGGAUUAGUCUUUUGCUCUAGAAUAAGAUCACUGCGCCUGCCACCCAGCAAAUAAAACCCCCAAGAUAUUUUGGAACUAAGUCUAGACUAUGAUAUCAUAACAAAGUAUUGGCAUCAUCAGAUAUACAGUGGUGCCUCGCAAGACGAAAAGAAUCCGUUCCGCGAGUCUCUUUGUCUUGCGGGUUUUUACGUCUUGCGAAGCAAGCCCAUUAGAGGUUUAGCGGCUUAGCGCUACAGUAUUAGCGGCUUAGCCGGCUUAAAGAUCAGCUGAUAAGCGGCUUAACGAUCAACUGAUAAGCGGCUUAGCAUCAGCUGUUAAGCGGCUUAAAGAUCAGCUGAUAAGCGGCUUAGCAUCAGCUGUUAAGCGGCUUAAAGAUCAGCUGAUAAGCGGCUUAGCCAUCAGCCGAUAAGCGGUUUAGCGGCUUGGGAAAAGGGGGGUGGGAAGGAAAAAAACCCGCAGGAACUCGCAAGACAUUUUCGUCUUGCGAAGCAAGCACAUAGGAAAUUGCUUUAUGAGCACCUCCAAAACGGAAAACCCUUUCGUCUAGUGGGUUUUCCGUCUUGCGAGGCAUUCGUCUUGCGGGGCACCACUGUAGAUGAAUGCGACCUGCUGUUUGGGCAUGCAGUCCUCAGUCUUGUACUCUGCUUCUAAUUCUUUUCAGAGCACGUUUGAACUGCUGACUUCCAAAUUGUUCUGUGGCAAUAAGUUCCGCAGGCCAACUAUGCGGAAGAUGUCCUGUUCUUUUAAUUUCAAAACCGCCCUGAGAUCUACGGGUAUAGGGUGGUAUAUAGGUCAGUUCUGUGUCCAGGGCAGAUGUUUAUCAGCUCCAUCUGGUACGCAGGCUGAGACCCUACCUGCCCGCGGACUGUCUCGCCAGAGUGGUGCAUGCUCUGGUUAUCUCCCGCUUGGACUACUGCAAUGCGCUCUACGUCGGGCUACCUUUGAAGGUGACUCAGAAACUACAACUAAUCCAGAAUGCGGCAGUUAGACUGGUGACAGGGAGUGGCCACCAAGACCAUAUAACACCAGUCCUGAAAGACCUACAUUGGCUCCCAGUACAUUUCUGAACACAAUUCAAAGUGUUGGUGCUGACCUUAAAAGCCCUAAAGAGCCUCAGCUCAGUAUAACUGAAGGAGCGUCUCCACCCCCAUCAUUCAGCCCAGACACUGAGGUCCAGCUUUGAGGGCCUUCUGGCAGUUCCCUCACUGUGAGAUGUGAGGUUACCGGGAACCAGGCAGAGGGCCUUCUCAGUAGUGGCACCCUCCCUGUGGAAUGCCCUCCCAUCAGAUGUCAAGGAGAUAAAAACCUAUCUGACUUUUAGAAGACAUCUGAACGACAUCAGGGACGUUUUUAAUGUUUGAUGUUUUAUCGUGUUUUCAAUAUUCUGUUGGGAGCCGCCCAGAGUGGCUGGGGAAACACAGCCAGAUGGGCGGGGAUAUAAAUAAAUUACUGUUACUAUCACUAUCACUAUUGUAAUUAUAAUUAUAAUAAUUAUACAGUGGUACCUCAGGUUAAGUACUUAAUUCGUUCCGGAGGUCCGUACUUAACCUGAAACUGUUCUUAACCUGAAGCACCACUUUAGCUAAUGGGGCCUCUUGCUGCUGCCGCGCCACCAGAGCACGAUUUCUGUUCUCAUCCCGAAGCAAAGUUCUUAACCUGAAGCACUAUUUCUGGGUUAGCGGAGUCUGUAACCUGAAGCGUCUGUAACCUGAAGCGUAUGUAACCUGAGGUACCACUGUAUAAUAAAAACAUUGAAAUAAUUGUGCACUCUUGUCCUUUUCUCCCCCAGUCCCUGCAUGCAUCACUUUGGACUGCAACUCCGCUCACCCCAGCCUGGUCCUUGUGGAGGAAGCCACCGGGGUCAAGUUCAGCCCGGGGCGACGCUUCUGGCGACGGAAACCUGAGCGCUUCACCUCUAGCCCUUGCGUGGUGGGCCGGAAGGGCUUCACCACGGGCCGGUACUACUGGGAGGUGCGUGUCGGGGACAGCGCGGGCUGGGUGAUCGGGGCGGCCAAGAAGUCGGUGAAACGCAAGAAGCGCCUGAACUUCCGGCCCAAGGAAGGCGUGUGGGCCAUCGAGUUGCGGGCGGGAGAGUACCGAGCCCUGAGCGAGCCGCGGACCCUGCUCUCGGUCUGCGGGAGGAUGGAUAAAGUGGGGGUCUACCUGGACUUUGAAGGCGGUCAGCUCUCGUUCUAUAACAGCAGCAGCAUGAACCACCUCUACACCUUCCAAGUGUCCUUCCACGAGGAACUGCUUCCUUUUCUCAGCACCCAGGGCAGCCACCCGCUAUCUGUGUGGGACCUGGAGCUCUGA